AUGUUGCUUCUAUUGUUGGCAGUUCUUUUCCAUGAUGGUGGCAGUGAGGAUGGCUUUCAGGGACCAACUUCUUUCUACCUCAUCCAGAUCACAUCCUUUGCUAAUAGCACCUGGGCAAACUUUCAAGGCUCCGGCUGGUUAGGUGAUGUGCAGAUUCAUGGUUGGAAUAGUGACUCAGAGACUCCUAUUUUCCUGAAGCCCUGGUCCAAGGGCAACUUCAGUGAUGAGGAAGUAUCUGAAAUGGUGGAAAUAUUUCAACUUUACCAGACUGGAUUUCUUCGAGAAGUACGGGAAUUUGCAGAUCAAUUCCAGAUGGAAUAUCCAUUUGAAGUCCAGGCCACAGGAGGCUGUGAGCUGCGCCCUGAGGGGGGCACUAAAAGUUUCCUGAGGGGAGCCCUAGGAGGAGUUAAUUUUGCUAGUGCUCAGAAUCGUUCAUGUGCACCUGCCCCAGAGGGGGGCUGGAGGGCAAAGAAGUUUUGUGACCUAGCCAAGCAGUACCAAGGGAUCCGUGAAGCCAUUGAGAAACUUCUCCUCAAAGAUUGUCCUCGAUAUCUCUUGGGUGUUCUUGAUGCAGGGAAGGCAGAUCUUCAAAGACAAGAGAAGCCUGUGGCCUGGCUUUCCAGUGGCCCCUCUCCUGGUCCUGGCCAUCUGCUGCUGGUGUGCCAUGUUUCAGGAUUCUACCCGAAGCCCAUGUGGGUGAUGUGGAUGCGGGGGGAGAACGAGCAGCGGGGUACUCAUCGAGGUGACGUCUUACCCAAUGCUGAUGGGACCUGGUACCUCCGAGUUACCCUGGAUGUGGCGACUGGAGAGGCUGCUGGCCUGUCUUGCAGAGUGAAGCACAGCAGUCUAGGUGGCGAGGACAUCGUCCUCUACUGGGGACAUCCUAUCUCGACUGGCUUGAUCUCUUUGGCAAUAAUAGUCCCGGCCUCACUCCUUUUGAUAGGACUUGCAUUACGGUUUAUGAGGCGCUGGUCAUAUAAUGGUAUCCUGUGA